AUGCCAUUUGAAAUUCCUGAAUUGGAUUCAGAAUUGAAAGAUGAAUUAAAUAUAGUUGUUAUCAACAAAACUUAUUAUCCUUCUAAAUCGAACUUAUCUUGGGAAACAGGAAUUUUACCCAAACUAAUAGCUAGACUUGACCAACUAUGCCGAUUAUCACAACAAGGAGAAAGAUUUGGGAAACCUAAAGGGGUUGAUUUACCAGAGACAAUUAAUAAAAUCAACGAGACAAUCAAAAAACAUCUAGUGUCAAAUUUGACUUCUUCCCCACCAUUCACGAUUUAUAGAAUUGCAGAAAUGAUCAUCGACCCAGAUAAUCAAGGAUACAAUCUAAUAGACAACAAUCAGCUAUUCAAGUAUUUCAAUUCAUUGAAAAAAGUAUUUAUUGUUUCAUCUUCUGUUGAAGAUUUUCCUCCGGUAGAAUUGACUACAGAAUCAGGAACUGAUGAAGAUACCAAACCAAUUCGACAGAUUGCAAAUAAUAUAUCAUUAGUUGAAAUUCCUUGGUUGGCAAACAAUACAAAAGAGAUCAAGACUACUCAAAAACGAAAGGAUCUGGAAUCCACAGACGAAAACGAGUCAAACAAGAAAAUGAAGAACUGA